AUGACUUCCGCUGCUUCGCCUGAAAAGCAAUACACAUACUAUCAUGCCGGUCCCUUGUUCACCCUCGCCGACCUGACAACCAACAUCGCGCUCUCCACUCUCAUCAGCCAGAUCUCUAAGAGCCGCUUCCAGCCAGUCCUCCCACAGGACCUCGAGCCAAGGCCCAUCCCAUCGAUAUCUUCAACCAUCUCCGCAACGACCGCACCAUCAUCGGCCCCACCGACUCCGCACACAAUCCGAGACACAGACCUCCAGGCCCUCCUCUCCUGCGACCUCGCCCUCUUCAUCUACGACGGCGCCGAACUCGAUGCCGGCACCGUCGUCGAAUACAUGUACGCCAAAGCCGCCGACAUCCCCUCCGUGAUCCUGCGCACCGACUUCCGCGGCGCCGGCGAUCAGGCCACCCUCUCGGACGGCACCAAGCCGGUCGACAAAUGGAACCUCAUGUCCUCCAACUGGCCACGUACCGUCUCCCGCAUCGGGGCAGACGACGCUCCGUCGGUCCUCGCGGCGGCCGGGGAGGAGAAGGUGCCGCGGAAUUUUCGGGCCGCGGAGGGUUUGUUGCAUCAGACGGCGGAAAAGGUGGUGGCGGCAAUGGACGAAGUGGUGUCGAGACCGCCGCGGCUGAGGCCCGAGUUGAGAGCCGCGGUGUUUGAGUGGUUGGCGAUCAUGCCUGGUUUUCAGGCUCCGGGUGGAGAGGGUGGAAAUGGAGACGCAGAUGCAGUGAGGUGGGCGAAGGGUCUGCUGGAGGCGAAGGUCGCGAAGGGGCUACUGUAG